AUGAGCAGGAUAAUAAUACCUGGAGAUUCUUUGUUGAAGGGCAUCUCAGAGGAAGAUGAGAUCACCAUAGGACCAGGUAUUUAUAAAACCCCGAAAACUCAAGAAAUCAUACCGCAACAAGCAGGCUACCUCAAAGUAAUUGAAAAGAAAGGAAACGACAAACUACUCUUUAUUGAAUCCAAUUCGAAAAGAUAUAUUCCCCAAGUAAAUGAUCUUGUUGUGGGUGUCGUCACGGGAACUUUUGGUGACUUCUUCAAAGUCUCUCUACAGGACAACUCCCAGCAGGUACAGCUAUCAAUGAUGGCGUUUCCCAACGCCAGCAAGAAGAACCGUCCAAAUCUAAAGGUAGGCCAAGCGGUUUACGCAAGGAUAAGCGAGGCUAACCCUGAAGUUGAUAUCGAGAUUGAGUGCAUAGACCCUGAAACAGGUAAGGAGGGGGGAUUCGGCCCUCUUGAUGAGAGCGGGUUUUUGUUUCACGUCAACCUAAAUUUUGCCAGAGAGUUGCUUUUCAAUAAAAGUUGCAUUUUCUUGGAGAAGCUCGCGGCAAAGUACCCUUUCGAAAUUGCCAUUGGCAUUAACGGAAGGAUCUGGAUAAAAGUCGGUGAAGGGCUUUCGAAGAAAACGACAGAGACGAAGGAGGAAGAAGAUGUAGACAUGGACAAGUCAGAUGUGUCGUUCAAAGAUAUGAUGCUAACGUUGGCAGCAGCAAACUAUUUACAGGCGUGCCAGAGAAUAACUCAAGAUAAGGCGGAUGCAGCUCUUAAGAACGCAUUCAAAGGGACUGGCAACUUAUAG